GAUUCCUGGAAGUCAAUGUAUUUGUGAAAUUCCUUCAUGGAAAUACUUAUCUUUUUACCGACAAUUUUACAAUUGACGUCCUUUCAGACGAACUAGUUCUUUGAUGUUGUGCUUCUGGAAAUCUCAGAUAUUGUUUUUACCAUACUUACAGUAAGCUUACUGAAAAAUGGCAGCUUGCAAAAACUUCCAAAUGGAGCUGGAAGACUCGGAGGUUUGUUGUCCGUUAUGUUUCGAUAUAUUUGAGGUUCCGAAGUCCUUCCCUAACUGUGCUCACAAUGUCUGUAAAUCAUGCCUUUCGAAUUUGAUUGGGAGGAAGAAGGAUGUCAUGGAUAUUGAGUGCCCAGUAUGCCGCCAAACUUCACCUUUACCUUCUCGAGGAGUUGAUGGAUUUCCAACGAACACGUUGAUUGUGAGGUUGAUUGAGAAGAUUCCUGGAAUAAAGGAAAAGAAGGAGAUAAAGCACGCUGUACGUUUGUGUAAGGACGAGAUAGAGAGAAAUACGAGAAUCCGAGAAAACUUGGAAAGACAACUUGCUGUGGUGAACAACAACAAACAACUUGGCGAAGACCUGAAAAAACAGAUUUCUUCUCACGCUAAAGAAUGCAUUGACGUCAUCGUAAAAUGUGAAGAGAAAAUGCAUGAAGAAGUGGAUAAGUAUCUUAAAGAACAUUGCGGUUUGAAAUUUCACGAGCAAUUGGAAAAGGAAAUAGAAGAAAUGACAUCCUAUUUAGAAGUUGCCCAAAAUUGCGUUUUUAAUGUUGAAGACACUGUUAAUAACGAAGAUUUAUCAGAGAUUUCUGAAAUGAAAGAAGUAAUAAAGGUUCAGUUGGAUGAAUAUUCAAGAUAUCCCGAAUCCUCAGUACAUACAAGUGCCAUGAACGUGAAAUCUUUUGACAUGACCUUGAAGAAGAGUGAUGUUAAUGAUGAUUUUCUAGGCAACUUGACAAAUGACAUACCACAGCCAGCUGAUCAAACCUGCUCUAGUAAUACCCAACAUGGUGAAAGUUUAGUUAGUGCUACAUGCAUGGAGGUUAAUUCAGGACCUUCUGAGUUUGUUAUCGAUGAAUACAGGGAAUUUGAAUCAGAAAGAGAAGUUCUACAUUGUGUUGAUCUACCAUUUUAUCCAUCCAGAAUUGCUGUUUGUCCUCAAAGUGGUGAUGUGGCUGUGCUGUGGAAGGAGAACCGGAAGGUUCACCUCUACAGUUCAGAUGCAGUGCACAAGGCAACAAUUCAAAUUGUGUAUGGAUCUUUGUCAGAUGUGGGCUUUUGCUCACUUGGCAAUGUUGUUGUAGUCAAUCGUGACAGCAACCGUCUGUUGUUUUAUGACAAAGGGGGCACAUUUAAGAGAAUAAAACUCCAUGUUGCUAGUGGAAACCUGAAGUACACCUACUUUUCAUGCAACAAUGAUGUGUUCACUGUUGUCUCAUCUGAAUUGAAUGAAGACUGUGAAAUUGAUAGCUCAAUCAUGAAAUGUGUGGUGGUUUACAAAUCAAAUAUUCCAACUCCCCAGAAAGUGUUUGGAAAAAAUCAACUUGUGAAACCACUUUCUCGUGCAGUCUAUCAUAAUGAGAAGAUCUAUAUUGCUGACCCAAGGGAAGGAAGCUAUGGUUAUGACAUUGUCCUAAAAGUAUUCCAUGGACCUGAAUUUGAGUUAGCACAAGUAGUAGUUGACAGUUCUUCGAUCACUGAAUAUAUACCAACUGAUUUUGUAUCUAUCUUCCGUAAUAAUAACUGUACAUUGUUUUACACUGGCCAGACUUCCUCUGUGUUGCUGUUUGGAUACCCUGAUAUUAAUCAUGUGUAUGCCAUUGAUGGUGCAAAUAAUAAUGUUGGGAUACGCUUCACUCAUCAUGCCAAGCAGCAAGAGUUGAUAGAAACUCAUACCCUCAGUUCAUCAGCAAACAUUGGACACCAUGAUAUUGUUCAAGUGGAGAUUUCUUCUUUUAGAAAAUCAUUUGAAAUAGUUGUUUAUCAUCAUGUUGAAUAGAAAUCUAUUUUCAGUUUUGGUCUUGUUACUAUAUUGUGGUCAGCAAACAAUUCAAUUUCAAUUCUAUAAUGAUUGAAAUAAAAUACACCAUGA